UCUGAACUUGGGGCUGGUUAAAAGCAUUUCCCAGUUUUCAGAGAUCAGUAACACGGUUGCACUCCAGAGCUGCUUCUAAAUGAUACACAGGAUGCAUUGGGUAAGCCUCCUCUUCUCGGCCCUGUCCGUCACCUGGGCUAAGCCCCGCCUCCCCCUCCUCUCCUUGCAGAUGAUUGACGUCGUCAACGAAUCGAACACAACCUGGAAGGCUGGGCAGAAUUUCCACAAUGUGGACAUGAGCUACGUGAAGAGUCUGUGCGGGACGCUGCUCGAUGGGCCCAGGCUGCCGGAGGUGAUGCACUCUGUUGAGGGUCUGGGGCUGCCCGUCAGCUUCGACUCUCGCGAGCAGUGGCCCGACUGCCCCACCAUCCAACAGAUCAGAGACCAGGGAGGGUGUGGCUCCUGCUGGGCCUUUGGGGCAGUGGAGGCCAUGUCUGACAGGUUAUGUAUCGUGAGCAAAGGGAAGGUGUCAGUGGAGAUCUCUGCUGAAGAUCUGGUGACCUGCUGCAAUGAGUGUGGCUUUGGGUGUGAUGGGGGUUGGCCGGCGUCAGCCUGGAGCUAUUGGACUAACAACGGUAUCGUGUCUGGGGGUUUGUACGACUCUAAAGUAGGCUGUGAGCCCUAUACCAUCGCUCCUUGUGAGCACCAUGUGAACGGGUCCCGCCCCCCCUGCACUAUGGGCCCCACCCCCAUGUGUACCAGGCAGUGCAUCGAUGGAUACCUGGUCCCCUACGAGAAAGACAAACACAUGGGUCAGAAAGCGUACAGCGUCUCCUCUAAACCGGAGCAGAUCAUGGCCGAGUUGUACCAGAACGGACCGGUGGAGGCAGCCUUCGAGGUCUAUGAAGAUUUUCUACUGUACAAGAGUGGUGUGUACCAGAGAGUCUCAGGGGAGUAUCUCGGGGGCCACGCCAUUAAGAUCCUGGGCUGGGGGGAGGAGAACGGGACCCCCUACUGGCUGGCGGCCAACUCCUGGAACGCCGACUGGGGAGACAAAGGGUUUUUCAAGAUCAAGCGUGGGAACGAUGAGUGUGGCAUCGAGUCUGGGAUCGUGGCGGGAACUCCACUGAUCUAGAGCACAAGAUGAUGAGACACCUUCCACACCGCUUUUACUUUGAAAAAAUGAAUUAUAGUGCAACCAUUUAAGAUCUGUUGACCUUGUGAAUUAAACAUGUCAUGAAAUCGCCAGACCAUCAACCAUCAGAUUAGAAUGAUGAAUAAUAUAUUAUUUUUAAUUAUGCAUAACUGAAAAAAGUUGAGAUUUUGAGGACAUGAAUUUAAUUGAAAUCACACAUUUUUGAUAAAGAUUUACAAUACAUUCCUCUCUUCCUCUCUG